AUGAAGGCUGCAGUUCUUGCAGCGGUAACCGCCUUGACGAGCACCGCCUCGGCUGCUGGGCUCAGCUUCGACAUUACAAUCGCUGACGGUCUACUCAACAGCAGCACGGAUGGACGAGUCCUGCUUCUGAUUGCGCCAGCUGGAACGGACCCGCUCGACGACACCGAUGUCGUGACAACACCAGAUUAUUUCUACGGCUACAAUGCCUUCGGUGUAGCCAGUGGCGAUACUCUUAAGCUCGAGGGCGGCAGCGAUGUACAGCCAUUGACAUCUGUGUACGGCUAUCCAAACGUGAGCUUGGAUGAUGUUGAAGCUGGCGACUAUACGGUGCAAGCGUUCAUGAACGUCUAUGAGACGGUGACGCGCUCGGAUGGCUCGACGGUGACAUUGCGCUUCCCUUGUGGAGACGGGGGAGAGCCUGUUGGUGGAACGGGUAGCUUGUAUACGGAGGCUGUCAAUGUGACCAUCACAGGUGAAAUUCAGGCUGUCGAGCUCACCUUCGACAAUGUGACUGCGGUGGAAGACUUCACUGGUUCCGAGAUCGGUGGGUGCGCCCAAGCAAACUACGAGGACUGGGAGCAGAUCAGAUACGUCAAGAUCAGGAGCGAGGUGUUGUCCUCGUUCUGGAAUCGCGACAUGUAUGUCGGCGCCAACGUGCUGGUCCCAGCCGGCUACGAUCCAGAAGAUACAGAGACGCGCUACCCUGUGAUCUACCAUCAGGGUCACUGGCCUGGUCCGGGCGGCCUUUACGGCUAUUCUCCGAUAGCUGUCGGCCAAGCAAACCUCGAAUUCAUCGACGCUUGGAAUAAUGGGACAGUGACCAACACGACUGACCCAGCCCCGAAAAUCAUCAUCAUAACCAUCCGGCACGAGACCCCAUACUACGAUGACUCCUAUGCGGUCAAUACUGCUAACCUCGGACCGUACGGAGAUGCCAUCAACGACGAACUCAUCCCCUACAUCGACGAGCACUUCAACACCAUCGCCGCUCCCUACGGACGUAUCCAGGAUGGCGGGUCUACUGGCGGAUGGGAAUCUGCCGCAAACUUGAUCUUCCGGCCAGACUUGUUCGGAGUGUGCUUCUCGAGCUAUCCUGACAGUAUGAGCUUUAACCGCCACCAAGAUAUCCAGCUAUACACAGCCGCGAACGCAUACACUUUGGCAAACGGCAGUGAUGUCUAUUCUAUUCGGGAGGCCAUCAACGACACAUUGGUCAACGAGAUCACCGUAGCUCAGGAGAAUCACUGGGAGCUCACAUACGGCACUAACAGCCGCGCUUUCCAACAAUGGGACGUCUGGAAUGCUGUCUUUGGUGCGCAGGGCAUCAACAGCUACCCUCUGGAGCCUUGGGACAAAGUCACUGGCGAGAUAUACUCUGAGGCUGUUGAGUACUGGAAGCCAAUGGACUUGGCCCUGUGGGUCACCACAAACUGGGACAAUGAAUUGAACCUGGGCGAGGUCCUCGCAGACCGGAUCUUCAUAUACGUUGGCAGCUGGGACAACUACUUCCUCAACGAGGGCGUUAUGGAGUUCCGAGAUCAGGUCGAUGCACUUGGGGGCGAGGGCUGGGCGAAUGUGACGAUAUUCGAAGGCAAAGAGCAUGGCGGCAACUAUCAACUUCGCACCACCUGGAAUUAUUUACAGUUCGUCGUGGACUGGGUUGAAGCCCAUGCUCCAGAUGGCGAGACACCUCUUUCGCCAAACGUCACAGUAGCAACAUCCAGAGGCAACAAAUGGGAAGACGUGAUCGCGGCUGGAGGACACCAAGCAGCUCUGGACAGGCAAGCGGAUCCAGAGUUGACGGCCUCCAAUGGAAACUUCGUGGCUAGUGUCGGCAGGUGGGAUUCUGGUGUCAAGUUGGUGGCACAAUGGGUGGUUGACGGUGCGCCCGAGGGAGACUCGAUUACUGUCACGCAAGGAGAAGAGUUGACCUACCAGCAAAGCGGAAGCGGAUGGAGUGGCUGGAGCUCCUGGGGCGGCAGCAAGGGAUCACUUCAGCUGCUCGUGACUGGCACGAAGGGGGGGUAUGUGGACGAGACGAGAGCAAGUAAUGUUGUCAGCUUGUGA